AGAACUAGGACUCAAACGCAGGAGUGUCUCAGCGCAAGUCCAGAACUCUCCUCUGUGGUGCUCUGAGGACAGUAGCAUCUUGCUUGUAUGAAACACUGUGGGUUACACGAGCCACACAUAGGCCACUUCCUCCCACUCAGCUAUCUUGACUUCCCACCCAGCCAGGACAGCUCCCACGUAUUUCUGCAUGAUCUUUAUCUGCUCCUGAACCUGGGGAAGUUCCAGAGGCCACUUACACCCAAAUGCACCUUGAAUACCAUGUGAGAGGUGAGGAGAGGAGUUUUCCAUGUGGUCGCUGGGUGUGAGUAACUGUCCCUUCUCCCUGGGACUCCCACCUCUUCCCCUGGGAAAUCCCUCUUGCCGGGCCUUAUAAUAAAAGCUCUGAGUGCUGCAGGAUGGCCCAAGGGAGGCCCUUGCUUCACCAGACACAUCAAGGCUGCUCCUGAGAGGCCUGAAUCAGACACCUAGGAUGAAGCUCGCUACUGUGGCCCUGGCGUGCCUGCUGCUGGCUGCGAUGUGGACACAAGAUGUGGAUGGCAUGAGCUUGCACGUGUCCUCCUCCCACUGCUGCUACUCAUCUGUGGAGAAAAAGAUCUCCCUGCGGAGAAUCCAGUGUCACAGGGUCACCAGCUCCACCUGCCCUUACAAAGCUGUGAUAUUCAAGCUUAAGGGAGGCAGAGAAGCCUGUGUCUUGCCGACGCUUGGAUGGGUUCAAGGUUACUUGAAAAAGGUGAAGCCCUGCUGGCUGAAAGGAAAAUGAGGAAUUCUUUCCUGUCCUGGCCUCUGGAGACCACACAGCUCCACUGGUCCCCUUAGUUCCAGCCCUAUACCUUUGCUUCUGUCCACCUUCCUGGAGUCCCAGAAGACUGUGUGAUCUUGAUAAGCUAUGUUGCUGUACUUUAUAUAUUUAAAUAUAGACUCUCCAA